AUGACUCCUGCAUCAUCCCGCUACAGUGCUAGGAAAGACUGGCAGUGUGAGGCAGUGAAUCCAUCUGAAGUGGUGCUUUUUACAUGCCAUGUUUUUGUCCCUUCAGCCUGCACUGGAUUUCGCCUGCGUCCUGUUGCAGGCUUACUCUCCUCUCGGGAUUUCUUGGCUGGACUGGCAUUCCGAGUAUUUCACUCUACGCAGUAUAUUCGCCAUGCAUCCAAACCUAUGUACACACCAGAGCCUGAUAUUUGCCAUGAGCUACUAGGACAUGUGCCUCUUUUUGCUGAUCCCAGUUUUGCUCAGUUUUCCCAGGAAAUUGGACUGGCAUCUCUGGGAGCUCCAGAUGAUUUCAUCGAGAAACUUGCUACGGUUUAUUGGUUUACUGUGGAGUUUGGACUAUGCAAGGAAGGAGAUUCACUAAAGGCAUAUGGUGCUGGGCUGCUGUCUUCAUUUGGGGAGCUGCAGUACUGUUUAUCAAGUAAGCCUGAGAUUCGGCCUCUCGUCCUGGAGAACACUUCUGUGCAGAAUUACUCUGUUACUGAGUUCCAGCCUGUCUACUUUGUUGCUGAAAGUUUUAAUGAUGCAAAGGAAAAGCUAAGGAAAUUUGCCCAAACAAUCCCUCGUCCUUUCUCUGUUCGGUACAAUCCCUACACCCAGAGGAUUGAAGUCUUGGACAAUGCAAAGCAGCUGAAGAACUUAGCUGACACUAUCAACAGUGAGAUGGGGAUUCUCUGCAAUGCCCUCCAGAAGAUCAAAUGAAGAAUUUCUGUAAUUCUUGCAAAUCACUGGCUACAUAGAAGAAGAAGUCAUGUGCAAAAAUGCCAGUCUUCACCUAGCUUCACUUUAUUAUUUUACUGUGUACUGCAUGCCUAUGUCAUAUAUCUUAAUUAUCAGUAGAUUAGCAGAGAAAGAAACUCUUGCCUCUUUUGGCCUUCAGACACUAAUCCAUUUUUUUCUCAUUAAAGCAUAAAAAUAAUCUUUGUUCUGGGAAUCUAGGGAAACUCUCCACAUAUACUGUAACAAAAUUAUCAGAAGGGGGAGAUCUCAGCCAUGCAGUGCUACGACCUGUUGCAACCAUAGGGUUACAUUGCCACACUUGGGCCAGUAACAGAAUAGUAAAGACCAACACAGAGUAAUCAAUUUUUUUUUCUUUUUUUUUUUUCCCUCUCACAAUCAUUUUCCCCUCAAUUCCUCACAUUUGUGCAUGUUUCCCAUGAAAUGCUGAACUCUAUAUGCUUCAGAAGUCUGCAUGUUUCCUGGCCCUGUAAACCAUGACUUCCCUUUGUGAAACUAUACCUCUUCUUUUACACAUGAACACCUCUGUCCUGAAAUAAUACUUCUUUUUUUCUUCAGAAUUUGGUGUUGCCAUUGAUUAAAAGCACAGAUGCUAGUGGAAAAGACA